AUGGCGUCUACAUCUGGGUCAAGAUCGAUGCCUAUCAACUCUCCAGAACAUCACAGACAGCGCCAGGACUCGUUUGCAACAGAGGCAAGGGCGUCGCCAAAGAUCGAGUCCCCCCAGGGUGUCGAGCCGCCAAAACCAAAAACACUGAGUAGAGUACCAAGAGCAUGUAACGCUUGCAGACGCCAGAAGAUGAAGUGUGACCUCGAAGAGUCUGGUCCACCCUGCAAACGCUGCAGGCAUGCACACAUCGAGUGUCUGUUUGAAAAACCUCAGCGCGAGAGUGCACUCAGCUCUGAUGCUGGUCUAGAGCGUAUCAAGGCCGUCGAGGAUCGUGUCCGUGGCGUGGAAGACAAGAUGACCAGCAUGGUUAAUGGCUUGCAAGGUGUCCAGGCUACCCUCCACGAGGUCCUCCUCGCCUUUCGUCAAGGCGCUGCAGCCCCGCCGAUCCACAACGGAACCGCUGCCACCGUCAGUCCCGACGUGCGCAGAGUCGCCGCGCAAUCGCCCGUCGACACACGCAGAUACCCUCCAGGAGGCCCCAUGGUCGAAUCACAUCGAACUCCCUCCUCUGCGAGUUCGUAUGAGCAUCACCAGUACAGCCCGACGUCUGCGCACCCGCACGGCCCGUAUCCAUCCAACGGACAAGGCUCAGCCUUAGUGCCUUCGGCAUCUUCUCAACCGUCUCAUCCGACCUUCCACCCGGCGUUUCCGAGCCUUCCCCCGAUUUCACCAGCCACAGCAACUGUCAUGCCCCCACCAAGGUUCCCGACUAGCUUGCCACCUAUUCGCUCCCAGUUGGUCGAAUAUCAGUCGAAUGUGCGUGCGUCGCAACCGUCGCCCGGGCCCUAUGGCACUCGCCCGGGAUCAACAAAACCACACAAUAACUCGUCCAACGUGACAUCAGCUGAUUCUUCCGACGACGAGGGCGCAGGUGAACUCCCUGGUGCUGGCCUGGUGGCCCCGCUCGAGGUCCUCCGAGAUCUUGGUGAAAAGGACGAACUUCAGGCGAGUAACCAGGAGAAUUACAUCAGGAGACCUCGGAGCCCCUCUUUGGAGCCGGAUGGUACGCGCCCCAAAAAACGGAGGAAAACUUCUACGCUCGGUCAGAAGACAAAGCACGACUUUCCAGACGUGGUGACCAAGGGCAUAGUCACAGUCGAGGAAGCGCGAGAGUUGUUUGAAAUAUUCUACAAGGGCUGCUCGACAUUCUUGCCCGUAUUUGAUCGCCACUUUGACACGUUUGACCUAUUGCAUGAACGAUCGCCAUUUGCCGUCAACGCCAUCUGUAUGGUGGCCUCUCAAGUCCGAGAUGGAGGCGGCAAGACCGACGAGCGAGUUGACCCAGAGAUGUCGAGACGAGGUACACCACAUAGUGGCUCAAACGGUACUUGUGCACUCUUUGCUCCGUUCAUCAGUGCCGAUGUCGUCAGAGCUGUUGUCAUUCUCUCUGGUUGGUCGCCUAAUGGAUGGCUUACCUGUGGACACGCGGUGCGAAUGGCAUUGCAACUGGACAUGAAUAAAGCAUGGCCCAAGCUCCUCAAGCGUAUUCAAAACAACAAGGCGAGCAAUUCAGCCUCGGAGCGAGAACUCGUUGUUGGAGCGAGGACGUGGUUCUGUCUCUACUUGUUCGAGCAUCAAAUGUCCUUUGGGACGGGCCGUCCUGCCAUUCUCAAGGAAGAUGAGAGCGUCUUGGGGGGCUCUGCGCUUCUCACUCACCCAUUGAGUAUCGAAGACGACGCGCGCCUUGUUUCCACCGUCGAACUCAUGGUGUUCCGAGAACGGGCCAACGACAGUCUAGCUCCGCUUGACGGUCCAUUCACGGAAGAUCGAGCAAGCCGUCUAUUCGAGGCGACGGAAAACUUCCGCAAGUGGUAUGGGACGUGGGACAACAUUUUCUCCACACGAUAUCCGGACACGACAUUCUAUCGUCAAUCACUCCAGAUUCAGUACCUGUUCGCGGAGCUUUACCAUGAAGCUACGGCUCUUAGGGGUAUUACCGGCCCGGACGAUGUUUCCAAAAUGUCGGAAUCACAACGAUCCGUCGCCGACCAUGCAAUACGGAGUGCUCGACAAGGACUCGAAAUCUGUCUCCGUUCGACGUCUUACCGAGAAGGGUUGAGGUAUGCCGUCACAUACACACAUCUCACGGCGGUAUUUGCUGCAUCUUUCCUAAUGAGGCUGGCCCGUCUGUUCCCCGAAGAAUGUGAAAGGUCCGGUGGCAUCGAAUCAGUAUUCACAACUGUCGAAGAGCUGGCAAACCUCUUGUCAACGAUCCCGGCCACCCGAUAUGCUCGCACUUUACGGCUCAUGCUCACACAACGAAAGCGACGCUAUCCUCCAGCCAAUGUUCGGUCCUCUGCAACUCGUGCUAGCUCUGACGCAACGUCUCAACAAACGCUUGUGUCCCCGCAUCAACAGCAUGGGCAGGUGCCUCAUCCGGGAGAGGACCAGCGACAGCAUGUGUACCCACAGGGGAUGCCGAUGCAUGGCCAUCACCGCGUCAUGUCGACAGACUCGAUGUACUCUCAGCCGUAUCAGGAUACUCCUCGCCAAUUUGCGCCUAUCCUCAACGGCAUGCAUGGGCAGGUUCCCGCUCAUCUCCAAGAGAUUAUCACGCCAACCGAGUACCACCACAUGUUCGAGUACUCUGGCGACCAGCAGAUGCCAAUCUGGAUGUCGGAGGAUAAUCUGGGAGAUGCUGGUUAUGGACUCGAGGCGUUUAUUCUGCCUCAGCAGUAUGACCAACAAAUCUGGUAA